AUGGGCACUCUUCUCAUUGGUCCGGUUGUAGUGUUUUUUGGCUCACCUGGUUGGACUCGCCUGGUCGACUUGUCGAGUCCGCCUCCUUAUGGCCUCCUCGCCGUUGUCUCAUAUUCCGAGUGGGCUUCACUAGGCCAAGUCUACUGCCGUGUUCGGCUUCCUUAUUCAUUAGUGGAGGUUAGGCCUAGUCUCCUCUCCCGAUCCGUCCGAGUGCUUCCUCAUGUUCCCGAUUUGUGCCGAGUAGCCGUUCGACCCGCUUCGACCGUUGUGAGGGGUCCGGUUGGUGUGGUUCAGCCCGGUGUAAGUUCCAUCUUGGGCUUCGCUAUUUGCGCCUACCAGGCACCUCUUGUUUCUCGUUUCCGGUCCCGUCGCAUGGUCUAG